AGAAUCACAAUAAUGAAAAAGAAAGAUUAUACCCCAAAUACAAUAAACAUAAUGCAUGUAAUGUGUAAUGUAAACUAUUUUAUUAUUUCCCAUAUUUUGAUAAUAUCCGGUGUUGGUUCGACCAGGGUUAUUUUUUGGAAGCGCGGCCGAAGGCCGCCUCUGCAGAAAGUAGUUCUACGCGGAAGAACUUGUUAUUCCACCUCUUUGAUAGCUCCCGGUGUUGGCUUGACCAGGGUUAUUUUUUUGAAGCGCGGCCGAAGGCCGCCUCUGCAGAAUGUAGUUCUACGCGGAAUAACUUGUUAUUCCACCUCUUUGAUAACUGCCGGUAUUGGCUCGACCAGGGUUAUUUUUUUGAAGCGCGGCCGAAGGCCGCCUCUGCAGAAAGUAGUUCUACGCGGAAGAACUUGUUAUUCCACCUCUUUGAUAGCUCCCGGUGUUGGCUUGACCAGGGUUAUUUUUUUGAAGCGCGGCCGAAGGCCGCCUCUGCAGAAUGUAGUUCUACGCGGAAUAACUUGUUAUUCCACCUCUUUGAUAACUGCCGGUAUUGGCUCGACCAGGGUUAUUUUUUUGAAGCGCGGCCGAAGGCCGCCUCUGCAGAAAGUAGUUCUACGCGGAAGAACUUGUUAUUCCACCUCUUUGAUAACUCUCGGUGUUGGCUCGACCAGGGUUAUUUUUUUGAAGCGCGGCCGAAGGCCGCCUCUGCAGAAAGUAGUUCUACGCGGAAGAACUUGUUAUUCCACCUCUUUGAUCAUCCCCGGUGUUGGCUCGACCAGGGUUAUUUUUUUGAAGAAAAGUAGUUUUAACCAAAAAAGUAUUAUUGUCAUAAAGGGUAUAUCUCUCUCUCUUUAUUAAUUCAUUUUCUUUAACGGAAAAUGGUUACAGUUACUUUGAAAAAAAAAAUACCGUUUCUUUUUUUCGGUUGUGCUAAUAAUUUCGUAUUUGGUAAUUCAAAGUGAACUAUUGAAAGUGAAAGCAAGUGAUUGUGAUUUAUUUAUUAAAAUUUGUUUUCUAUUAAUUUUUGGAAAAAAUGAACGCAAAUUCAACAGGUAUUUUGUUAUAGAUUUAAAAUUAUUAAAAUUAUUAAAGAAUUUUCUAUAGAUUUCGAAGAGCAAUCCACCAGCCGAGGUGUUAGGAGGACUAACGUACUCACUGCGGCUGAAAUUCGAAAUAUGUGGAAUAUCGGCAAGAUUAUUGAAACAUUUAAUACAAAAGAAAAAUGUAUUUCUUUUGCCGAAAGCGAGGGAUUAAUUCCCACAAGGAAAUUGUGCCGGACACAUAAGCAGCCAAUGGUGGUGUCAAACGCCGGCGAUACCGCAGUAGGCACAUUCCGGUGCCGGAAAGGAGCGUGUCGCAACCGUUCUGCCAUUUCCAGGGCUAAAGGCACCUGGUUUGACAAUGCCAAAAUCCCGCUACCACAAAUUUUUUAUUUAAUGUAUGCGUAUGCAUCACAUUGGUCGCAUGAAGAGGUGCGAAAAAAUAGCUUCACCAGGGAGCCAGUUUUAUCCAGCGCUACCAUUUGCGAUUGGUUCAAUUACUGUCGUGAGGCGGUAGUUAUACACCAAAUAGACCAGCAGGUAGCGGUGGGUAAAAUUGGCGGCCCUGGUAAAGUUGUACAGAUUGACGAGAGUAAAUUUGGAAAAAGAAAAUAUAACAAAGGUAGAAGAGUAGAAGGCCACUGGGUGUUGGGUAUGGUGGAAGAUGGAAGUGACGAUCUCCGUCUGGAAGUUUGUCCGGAGAAUGUCCGAUCCGCGGAGGUGCUCAUACCGUUAAUACGGAAACAUCUGGCCCAGGGUACAACAAUACACACAGAUUGUUGGAAGGCGUACGACUGCCUAUCUGGUCACGGGUAUGAGCACCGACGCGUUAACCACAGUGACCCGGACAAUCCUUUUGUGGCAAAGGAUGGAACCCACACCCAAAGGAUAGAAUCCCAGUGGCGCGUAAUAAAGAAAUUUUUUGUGCGGGACAAUUACAACAACCCCGAAAACUUUACCGAUUUUAUUAUGGAGUAUACAUGGAGGAAAAAUAUUGCGAACAACCAUGAUGAUCCAUUUUUAAAGUUGCUUGAAAUAAUAAAAUACACUUAUAAAUUUUGAAACCUUGGUAUUUUUUUGUAGUUAGAAUGUUUACUUAAUAACUAUUUAUUGGGUAUUUGUUUUCUUCAUUUUGGGAAUUUUAUUCAUUUUGAUUAUUUUUAAUCGAUGCAUGUGGCAACACUUAUGUUCUGUCAUCUUGCAACCGUUUUGUUAUUUUACAAAUAAACAGAAUUCUGCAUAAAAUUAAAUGUUUAUUUACAGCAAAUUUUGAUAUAAUUUGUUAAAAAUAAAUAUGUAGAAACAAAUUAAUGAAGUGUAAAUAUAUUUAAAGUGCAAAAUAUAUGUGAACAAUUCAAUAUACAGUGAGAAAUAACGUGUUGAAAAUUGUUAAUUUUAAAUCUUAAAUUGCAAAUAACUCAGAAACUAUAAGUUUGCGGCGGCAAUAAUUAUAUAUACUCGUGAUCUGGAGAUCCCCCUCUAUCCGCCCAUUUCUAUUUUAACCCCGAAAUCGUGGGACGGUAUACUAAAGUUUUCCCAUGGCGAAAACCAAAAACACAUAAAGUGUCAUAACUAAGCCAUAAAUAAAGUUAUAAUAGUAAAAUUUGGAACAAAGGAUCGCACCAGGAAGGGGCAUAUUUGGAUGUAUUUUUUUUUGGGGAAGUGGGCGUGGUCCCGCCCCAAAUCGGUUAUUUAUAUAUAUCUCGCAAACCAAUGAAGCUAUAUAAACCCAACUUUCUGCAGUCGUUUUUUUCGGAAAUCGGAUAAUAACCACGCCCACCUCCCAUACAAAGGUUAGGUUGAAAAUUACUAAAAGUGGGUUAACUCACUAACGAAAAACGUCAGAAAUACUAAAUUUCACAUAAGAAAUGGCAGAUGGAAGCUGCACUGAGAUUUUUUUACAAAAUUGAAAAUGGGCGUGGCGUCGCCCACUUAUGGGUCAAAAACCAUAUCCCAGGAACUACUCGUCGGAUUUCAAUGAAACUUGGUUUGUAAUAGUUUCCUUACCUCCCAAUAAUAUGUUGUGAAAAUUGGCCAAAUCGCUUCACAACCACGCCUACUUCCUAUAUACCCGAACUCAGAAGAUGAUCUGAAUCGUUUACUUUACAAUAUAUAAAGUAAGCACUAGUGAAGAUAUCGGUGCAAAACUUUGCACAAAUACUGUAUUUAUAGUGUGGCAGCCCAUUUCUAAAAAUCGCCGAAAUCGGACCAUAGGUUUUCAAGGCCCCAUAUAUCGAACAUGAUGACCUCGGCGCUUCUAACCUAAUACAAGGCUUUCCAACUUUCAAUGGACUUUAUACAAUAUAUAUGACGAAUAUGUAGGUCAAAUUGUGUAUUAUAUAAUAUUAAUUAAGUUAAAUAAAUAAAUUGCGAGAGUAUAAAAUGUUCGGUUACACCGGAACUUAGCCCUUCCUUACUUGUUUUGACAUAUGUAUGUACAUAAUUCUCUAUCCAGCUUGUUUAGUUCAAAGUGUAAAAGAUAAUCGUUUUGGACAAAACUAUUAUACUCUUUGCAACAUGUUGCAGAUUAUUAUUAUUAUAGAAAACAUGCCCUCUGAAUUUUAUAAGAUAUUUCGGAGAUCAAACGAUAUUUACACGAUGUACCUCAAAUGCAAUAAGCUUGUUUAUAUAGAUUUAUACCGGUAUUCAGAUUCUCACGAUGACUUUAAUUUCCACAACAGUGAAUUAGUGACUCUGUUAGUCAGGAUGUAUUAUUUUAGUAUUCAACCAGAUACAUAGCCUUAUUCUCAUGCCCUCACAAAAGCUCCUGUUGUGAGGUUUUUCAUUUUUGUGCGGGUUACCUUAUUCUGGCGCAAAUUCAAAAGCUCAAAUGCUCUCAAUUUCCUCAAUCAUCUGAAACGUGUGAUACCUAAACAGCCGUGUUUGUUUUGCUUCUUAUAAAUUUUUGAAAACAAAUUUGUUCUUUGCUUGUGUGGCUAUUGUUGAGGACCAGGAGAUAUGCGAGAUAAAAACGUACCAUUCAAGACCCAUCAUUUAUCAAUACAUUUCGAUUUUCAAAAUCAUGAUGUAAAGUUUUAAUAGAUGAACUAGUGACACAUGAUGUGCAGAAGUCGAAUGUUGCUUUUACCUGGGACCUAUUUGGUGGGCGGGGUCACGCCCACUUUUCCAAAAAAAUUACAUCCAAAUGUGACCCUCCCUAAUGGGAUCCUAUGCUCCAAACUUCAUUUUCAUAACUUUAUUUAUGGCUUAGUUAUGACACUGUAUAGGUUUUCGGUUUCCGCCAUUUUGUGGGCAGUGGACCGAUUUCGCCCAUUUAUGGGUCAAAAAUCAUAUCUCAGAAACUACUUAACCAAUUUCAACGAAAUUUAGUUCCUACCAAAUUCCUUGGCAUCCCAAUGCUAUAGUUUGAAAAUGGGUGAAAAUCGUUGAGGUCCAUCCGAUUCGUUCAACUUACAAUACAUAAAUUAACACCAGUUAUAUAUCGGAACACAACUUUUUACAAAUACUGCAUUUCGUAUAAAAAUAGCUAGAAUUUUUCAGAUAUCGAACAUGAGAACCUGAAAGCUUGUGGCUAACUUUUUAAUGAAAUUAUCAGUAAAGUUCGGUUACACCCGAAAUUUGCACUUUCCAUAUUCCACCCGUGUCAUCAGGGUGUAUAGAAAGUGCUAUAUACCGAAUUUCAUUGAAAUCGGUCGAAUAGUUCUUGAGAUAUGGGUUUUGACCCAUAAGUGGGCGACGCCACGCCCAUUUUCCAUUUUGUAAAAAAAUCUCAGUGCAGCUUCCUUCUGCAUUUCUUAUGUAAAAUUUGGUGUUUCUGACGUUUUUCGUUAGGGAGUUA